AUGCUUUGGCCUGCUUCUGUUCCUGGGCUUUUAAUUACAUUAUUAUUACUCUCUGGAUUGAGCUGGGAAUCAAACCACUAUGAAAAAGAGAGGCAGAAAAGAGACAUUUAUGAUGAACAGCCUCGUUUGUCCUCAGAGCAGGGUAACUUAGUGUUCCAUACUGGCUCCAGCAAAAAUAUUGAAUUCAGAACUGGACCACUGGGGAAAAUAAAAGUUAAUGAAGAAGACCUUGCAGAGCUUUUUAGUCAGGUGAGAGAAAAUAAUGUUGAUAUUCAAGAACUUAAAAAAGGCAUUGGUGCCUCUCAGAAUGUGUCACGUCAGGUUGCUCUGCUGGAUUCCAAGAUUGUGAAUCUUGACAUCAAACUUCAAAGCUUAGAGCAGACUAUCCGAAGGAAAGCGUGCAGUAGCAACCCCUGUGAGAACUCAGGGACAUGCGUAAACUUGCUGGAUGGUUUCUUUUGCCUCUGUCCCAGCAACUGGCAGGGCCUGCUCUGUUCUGUGGAUGUUAAUGAAUGCCAGAUUUAUGCUGAAACAGCAUUAGGCUGCCAGAAUGGAGCUACAUGUGUGAACACACCAGGCAGCUAUAGCUGCUCCUGUACUCCAGAAACCUAUGGGCCUCACUGUGCCUUGAAAUUCGAUGACUGCCAGGGAGGAUCUGAGACGCUCUGUGAGCAUGGCAUCUGCGUAGAUGCAGAGAGGGAUCAGCCUAACAUGCCCAAGUACCGCUGCGUCUGUGAUGCGGGCUGGAUGUCGCCUCCGGGCAGCCCUGCCUGCAGUGCUGAUGUGGAUGAGUGCAGCCUCCCGAACCGCCCAUGCUCGCAGAAUCCGCCUGUGCAGUGCCACAACACACCUGGCUCCUACACAUGUGGGCCCUGCCCUGCAGGCUGGCAAGGAAACGGCUACAGUUGCCAAGACAUUGAUGAGUGUGAAAGUAAUAACGGAGGCUGCUCAACAGCACCAAUGGUUCAAUGUAUCAACACAAUGGGAUCCUUCCACUGUGGGCUUUGUCCACCAGGUUAUGAGGGAGAUGGACAAACAUGCACCCAGGUUGAUAUCUGCUCAAUAAAUAAUGGAGGGUGCCAUCCUUUGGCAACUUGUACCUCUGGUCCAGGGGCAAUGCCAUUUUGUUCCUGCAUGCCUGGGUACACUGGGAGUGGAUAUGGGCCAAAUGGGUGCUCCUCCCUCAGUGAUAUCUGUCAGCUGCAAAACCCUUGCGCAAAUGGGCAAUGUCUGGCAACAAUCUCUGGAUAUUUCUGCGUGUGCAAUGGGGGCUGGACGGGCCCUAACUGCACGGAGAAUAUCGACGAGUGCGCUAGCAACCCAUGCCAGAAUGGAGGAAGCUGCAGCGAUGGGGUUGGCGGGUACUCGUGCGAGUGCACCAGCGCCUGGACGGGGCCACAGUGCCAGUACGCCCAGCACGUUUGUGGAGGAUACCUCUCGGGCUCCAGCGGGACCUUCAGUUACCCUAACAACCCAAGCAGCCAGCGGUAUGAUAAUAGUGUCAGCUGUGCUUGGGUUAUUCGAACCAAUCCCAACAAGAUUCUGCAUAUUAGUUUCCCGUUCUUCCAACUGGAGGCGAAUAAUGACUGCAGCUCUGACUUCCUUCAAAUCCAUGAUGGGGCAUCAGCAUCAGCGCACAUGCUGGGGAAGUACUGUGGCUCCUCACCUCCUGCAGAGCUUUCCAGUUCCCACGACUCCCUGUAUUUUUGGUUCUAUUCAGACCACACCAUUACAGCCGGAGGUUUCACCGUUCAGUGGGAAUCUCGGGAUCCUGAAUGUGGCGGUGAACUAACAGAUACUUAUGGCUCGAUAAGCUCUCCAGGAUACCCUGGUAACUAUCCUAUUAACAGAGACUGUUUCUGGACCAUCUCAACCAGUCCCGGCCUCCUCAUCACAUUUGCUUUUGGCACGCUAAGCCUAGAACACCAUGAAAAUUGCAGCUAUGACCAUCUAGAGAUUCGAGACGGUCUUCUUCCCCAAGACCCAGUCCUCGGUAAAUACUGUAGCACCGGCUCUCCACCCCCGCUCCAAACCACUGGCCCAUAUGCAUGGAUUCACUUUCACUCUGACGACUCAGUUACUGAUAAAGGCUUCCACAUUGUCUAUACAACGUCACCUGCAGAUACAAAUUGUGGAGGAAAUUACUCAGAUAGUGAAGGGGUUAUCAUGUCCCCUUUCUGGCCGAACCCUUAUAUUAAUAACCGACAAUGUAUCUACAUUAUCGGACAACCAGAGGAUGAAAAAAUAUACCUCAACUUCACGCAUAUGGAGCUGGAGAAUCACACUGGUUGUUCAUCGAAUUAUAUUGAGGUUCGAGAUGGUGACAGUGAGAUAUCCCCUCUUAUUAAUAAAUUCUGUCAUAGUACAUUUAUAUCUCCAAUCACUUCUACCAGCAACAGUCUCUGGAUCAAGUUCAAGUCUGAUGCUUCUGUGCAAAGGGCUAGCUUCAGGGCUGUUUAUCAAGUUGCCUGUGGAGGCUCCCUGUCUGGAGCAGGUACCAUCCAUUCACCUUACUACUCCAGGACAUCCUUUCACCUGAAGACCUGUGAGUGGAUCAUCUCCCAAGCAGAUGGCAAAGUGGUGAUUCUUAACUUCAUUGACUUUAACAUUCGAAAUACAACCACUUGUGACUCGGACUAUGUUGAGGUCAGAGAUGGCAACAAUACAGACUCUCCUCUUUUGGAGAAAUACUGUGGUACAGCCGUACCAUCUCGAGUGCAGUCUACACGGAACUAUCUCUAUGUCAAAUUCAGAGCUUCCUCUCUUACCAACCUUGGCUUCAGAGCUGAGUACUGGCCCUUAGAUACAGUAUGUGGGGAGGCUCUCACUGGACCGGAAGGAACUAUUACAAGCCCUGGUCAUCCAUCUGUCUACCCACAUGGUAUUAAUUGUACCUGGACCAUCAACAUUCAGCCUGGCUACCUUAUCCGCUUGACGUUCACUUCAUUUAACUUGGCAUUUGAUUAUGGUUGCAGAAAGGAUUAUCUUGAAAUAUAUGACAACAGCACUGCGCAAAAAUUGGGAAGGUACUGUGGAAGAUCAAUUCCACCAUCGCUCACUAGUGGUGGCAACAUGAUGACGCUGUACUUUGUGACUGAUGACAGCAUUGCCUCUGAGGGCUUUUCAGCUACUUUUAUCUCCCUGAAUGCAUCAAAAGUGUGCUCACACCAAUACAGUAGUGAAACCGGCAUGCUAACAUCUCCGAACUAUCCCAAUAACUACCCUGUCCGGACAGAGUGCAUAUACGGCAUCACAGUGGGAAUGAACAGACAAAUUGUGCUGCGCUUCACUGACUUCACCUUGGAGGGGAAUAAACGCUGUACAGAAGAUUAUGUAGAAAUCAGAGAUGGAGGUUAUGAAACUUCCCCCCCUCUUGGAAAAUACUGUGGUACAGAUCUGCCUCCUGUUAUAAUCUCUCAUGGUAACAAGCUGUGGAUAAAGUUUGUAAGUGAUGUGUUUGGCACAAGAAAGGGAUUUGCUGCACACUGGGAUGGUACAUCAGCAGGUUGUGGUGGGACGUUGACAACAACAUCUGGCAUCUUUAUGUCUCCCAACUACCCUAUGCCGUAUUACCACAACUCAGAGUGCUACUGGUUGCUGAGGGGGAACCGAGGGACACCAUUUGAAAUCCAGUUUGAACAGUUCCAUCUAGAAUAUCACCCAAAGUGCAACUUCGAUUAUCUUGCAGUAUUUGAUGGUAACAGCAGCCAUGCCAAGCAGCUAGGUAAAUUCUGUGGAAGUCAGAUUCCACCACUCAUCCGCUCCAGUGCAGACAGCAUGUAUGUGAAGCUAAGGACAGAUAGCAGUUUGCAAGGUGGAGGGUUUUUUGCCAAAUACAAACAGGUUUGCCAUGAAGUACUGACUGUUAAUCGUAGCCAUGGCAUCUUGGAAAGUUUAAAUUAUCCAAAUAAUUACCCAUUAAAUGAACAUUGCAACUGGACCAUCCAAACUACAAAGGGGAACAGCCUCAACUAUAGCUUCACAGCCUUUGAUUUAGAAAGUGGAUCUAACUGUGACCUGGACUACCUGAAGCUCUAUGAUGGGCCUGAUGCACAGUCCAACCUGAUAGGCACUUUCUGUGGACAGUCUCUUCCCCCAGCAGGGAAUACCACAGGAACCAGCCUCCACGUGGUGUUUCACUCUGAUGGAUUGAACGCUAGAAGUGGGUUCCAGAUGCUGUGGCAUGUUAAUGGUUGUGGAGGAGAACUCUCUGGCCCUUCAGGAUCGUUUCACAGCCCUGGCUACCCCGACAGGUACCCAAGCAAUAGGGAAUGCAUCUGGUACAUUCACACAGCACCCGGUAGCAGCAUUCAACUCACCAUCCAGGAAUUUGACGUUGAGUAUCACCCAAACUGCAACUACGAUGUUUUGGAGGUCUAUGGUGGACCUGAUUUUCUCUCUCCUAGACUAGCCCAGCUGUGUGUUUCAAGAUCAGCGCAGAACCCAUUGCAGGUCUCCACUACAGGCAAUUCAGUUGUUGUCCGUUUCAAAACAGAUGCAGCAGUGACUGGGAAAGGUUUCAAUGCCUCUUGGCAAGAAAAGACGGGUGGCUGUGGUGGUAUUUUCCAAGCUACCAGUGGUGAAAUCCAUUCUCCAAACUAUCCUGAGCCAUAUAAUAACAACACAGACUGUUCUUGGGUUAUCCAAGUUGACUACAGCCACAGAGUCCUACUGAACUUCACGGAUUUUGACAUUGAAGAGCACAACUCAUGUAACUAUGACAGCGUUGCAGUGUAUGAUGGCCCCAGCAGUGAAGCACCACUUCUUGGAAAACUCUGCGGGAGACAGCUUCCUCCUCCGAUCACAGCCUCCAGGAACCUGAUGUACGUCCGACUGAGCUCUGAUACAACCAUCCAGCACAGGGGUUUCAGUGCUCGCUUUACUGAAGCAUGUGGAAGUUUCACUGAGUCAGAUUCAGUUGGGGCAGCAAUUUCCUCUCCUCUGUAUCCUGCCAAAUACCCAAACAAUCAGAACUGCAGCUGGAUUAUUCAGGCUCAGGAACCAUUCAACCACGUUACGCUUUCAUUCACUGAUUUUGAUAUUGAAAACAACAGGCAAAACUGUACAACGGAUUUUGUAGAGAUUUUGGAUGGGAAUAACUACGAGGCUCCUCUUCGAGGCCGUUACUGUGGCUCUACUAUGCCACAUCCUAUCACUUCUUUUGGUAAUGCCUUGGUGGUGAACUUCAUCUCCAACAACAACGUUACUGCCAGGGGCUUUCAUGCUACCUAUGCUGCAUCAUCAUCAUCCUGCGGGGGUGCUUUCCACAUGGAGAGAGGAGCUUUCAGCAGCCCUGGCUAUCCCCAGCCGUAUCCUCUUGACACAGAGUGUGUCUGGAAGAUUCUCAGCUCCCCUGGCAACCGGCUGCAGCUGUCCUUCAUGGCAUUUGAUGUGGAACAGAGUAACGGCUGCACCAAGGACUACCUGGAGAUUCGGGAAGAUAACGAAACAGGCCUGCUGGCAGGACGAUUCUGUGGCAAUUCCUUGCCUUUAAAUUAUACAUCUACUGUUGGACAUGUCCUGUGGCUUAAAUUUGUCUCAGACAGCUUCGGCACUGGUGGUGGCUUCAGGGCCACGUUCUCUCACUUGUAUGGAAAUGACAUUGUGGGAAAUAGAGGACAAAUAGCUUCACCGCAGUGGCCCAGAAGUUACCCUCACAAUUCCAAUUACCAGUGGCGGAUAAGUGUAAACGCUUCACAAGUUAUCCAUGGUCGUAUCCUGCAGAUGGAUAUAGAAAAUCAUUACAGAUGCCAUUAUGACAAGUUAAAGGUUUAUGACGGGCCCAGCAUUCAUUCUCGCCCUAUUGCAACAUACUGUGGCACAGUCCCUGCUUCCUUCGCAGCCUCUGGCAGCUCCCUGACAGUCCAGUUCCAGUCAGAUUCAUCUGUGAGUGGAAAGGGCUUUCUUUUGGAGUGGCAGGCGGUGGAUGGUUCUCCUGCUGCACGCACCAUUGCUAGAGGUGCAUGCGGAGGGACUGUAACAACUGAAGAAACACCUUCAUUCCUUUUCUCACCGGGCUGGCCCAUGAAUUACAGAAAUUUUGCUGACUGUGUAUGGCUUAUCAGAGCUCCUGGAUCCACUGUGGAGUUCAAUAUCUUGGCCUUAGACAUAGAAUCUCACAGCUCAUGCAACUAUGACCAACUUAUUAUUCGAGAUGGAGACACUAGUCUUUCUCCAGUGUUGGCUACUGUAUGUGGACGAGAACCUCCUGGGCCAAUAAGAUCCACUGGAGAUACGAUGUUCAUUCACUUCAUGUCAGAUGCGAGUGUCACUGGAGCUGGGUUUAAUGCCUCCUAUUACAAAAGCUGUGGAGGCUAUUUGCAUACAGGCAGAGGUGUGAUCGCAUCCCCCAACUACCCUCAAGACUACGCUCCUAAUCUGAAUUGUUCCUGGCACGUACUGAUAACCUCUGGAUUUAUUAUUGCUGUCCAUUUUGAACAGCCUUUCCAGGUUAAGAGUGAGGAUGCAUCCUGCAACCAUGGGGAUUAUGUAGAGCUGAGGAAUGGAUUAGAUGCUGCUGCCCCACCUUUGGGGUCUGGAAGAGGGAAUGGGCGGUUUUGUGGAAGCAGCCCCAUCUCUACCAUGUACACCACAGACAAUCAGCUGUUUGUCCAGUUCAUUUCUGACAGCAGCAAUGAGGGUCACGGAUUCAAACUGAAAUAUGAGGCAAAGAGUCUAGCUUGUGGAGGGAAUAUUUAUAUCAAUGAUUUCAACCCUACUGGAUACAUAUCUUCCCCCAACUAUCCAAGCCAUUAUCCCCCGCAUGCUGACUGUGUCUGGACCAUAACUGCUCCUAAUGGACAUGCGGUAGAACUGCAAUUUGAAGAUCAGUUUUACAUUGAACCUUCACCGAACUGUACGUUCAGUUACCUAGAGCUACGCAAUGGUGCUGACUCCAGCACCCCUGUCCUUGCCAAACUGUGUGGACAUUCGAUGCCAGGCUUGCAGAGAUCCUCCGGAGCUGUCAUGUAUAUGAGGUUCAGGUCGGACAGUGGUGCCACGCAUGUGGGAUUCAAUGCUAAAUACUCCAUCGCUCCCUGUGGUGGAACAGUGAUCGGACAAACUGGCACCAUUGAAAGUGUGGGGUAUCCUGACCUUCAUUAUGAAGAUAACUUGCUCUGUGAAUGGUUUCUGCAGGGACCCAGGGGCCACUAUCUUACCAUCAGACUAGAAGGCCUAGAUAUUCAAAACUCAUCCGAGUGUGCAAGUGAUUUUGUGGAGAUCCGAGAAUAUAACGCCUCUGGAAAUCUAUUGGGCAAGUACUGUGGUAAUGCUCUCCCUGAUGCUGUGGACACCUCUGACAGUUUUGCUUAUGUCAAGUUUGUCACUGAUGGAUCAGUCAAUGCCCGAGGAUUCAGACUGCGCUUUGAUUCCAGUGCUGAAGAGUGUGGUGGGGAUUUUACUGCCCCCUCUGGAACAUUUACUUCACCCAACUAUCCAAACCUAUACCCGCAUAAUCGAAUAUGUGAAUGGAGGAUCACAGUAGAAGAAGGCCAACGUGUCACCCUAACCAUUAAUGAUAUGAAAACUGAGGAGCACUGGAGGUGCUCAUCCGAUUAUGUGGCUGUUUACAAUGGCCUCAGACAGAAUUCCCCCCGGCUGGCCAAGCUGUGUGGCGAGAUAAAUCCAGGCACUCAGGUGAAAUCCUCUGGAAACACAAUGAAAAUUGUUUUGGUGACAGAUAUGUCUGGUACGACCAGAGGCUUCAGUGUCUCAUACACGUCUAGUGAAGAUGCAGUUUGUGGUGGAACCCUUAUUGGAUAUGCAGGUGGGAAUUUCUCUUCUCCUGGUUAUGAUGGUGUUAAGAAUUACACAAGUAACCUAAACUGUGAAUGGACCAUUGAAAACCCCUCCCACUACAAUUCAUCCAUAUAUAUCUCCUUUGAGGAUUUCCACUUGGAACAUCACCAGGACUGCCAGUAUGACUACCUAGAGUUACGAAUAGAGGAUGCUGAUGGAGAACUGAUAGCCAGACUCUGUGGUCAGGCCGCACCAUCUGUGCCACUAGUAAUAGCUGCUCCCUGGAUCUGGGUACACUUUGUAAGUGAUGAAAACACAGAAGAUAAAGGAUUCUCAGCCCAUUACACAUUUGAAGCCUGUGGUGGUAUACAGUCAGGUGAAAGUGGAGUUAUCUCAAGUCCUAACUACCCAGAGCCUUAUAGCAACCUGAAUCGCUGCUCCUGGCUGUUGGAAGCCCCUGAGGGUGAAACUAUCACUCUUACUUUUACAGCCUUCCACCUUGAAAGUCACUCACUCUGUAAGUGGGAUUCUGUUACUAUCCUGAAUGGUGGCUCUCCUGGAUCUCCUGUCAUAGGAAAGUAUUGUGGAAAUACAUCCCCUGGGACCAUUCGGUCUGGUUCUAGCAAGCUAGUUGUGAUCUUUAACUCUGACCAUUCAGUGCGAGGAGGUGGCUUUUAUGCAACGUGGGCAGCAGAAUCUCUAGGCUGUGGUGGAAUUAUUCAUUCAGAUAAUGGUGUGAUCAAGUCUCCUCAUUGGCCUCAGAACUUUCCCAUGAACACCAGAUGCACGUGGACCAUCAUUACGCAUGAAAGCAAACACUUGGAGAUGUACUUUCACAAUAACUUCCAGAUCCCAGAUAGGGAUGGAAGCUGCCAGAGCAGUUAUGUGAAGGUGUGGAGAGGAAAUGGUGGUGAAGAAGAAGCUUUGUUAACCACAGGAUGUGGAAGUUCAACUCCUGACCCUGUUGUUGCUCCAAACAAUGUGAUAACUACAGUAUUUCAGUCUCAGGAUGCUCCUGGGCAAGGUUUCUCUGCAUCUUUCAUAAGCAGAUGUGGAGUAAAUUUCACUGGCCCUGCAGGUCGCAUUGUGUCUCCUAACUACCCUAGUCAGUAUGACAACAACUUGAACUGCAGUUACAUCAUCGAUCAGGGACCACAGUCACUGGUGAUCUUAGAGUUUGAGUCUUUCCACUUGGAAGCCCCGGCACUCUUCAGCGGAAUUUGUCUUUAUGACGGAGUAAGCAUUUUCAGCGGGACCAGAGUUACCCUGCACCCUCUCAUCACACUUUGUGGCAAUGAGGUCCCUGCCCCAGUCAGUGUCUUUGGGCCAAUGUUGCUCUUCUUCUACACCGACUCCCACAUUGCAGGUUUUGGAUUCCGGGCCAGAUACAGAGCCAUUGUGUGCGGUGGCAUUUUCAAUGGCUCUGUUGGCAUUAUCAGCAGUCCGGCCCAUUCAGUUCUAGAUUAUCACAACAACAUGAACUGCUCAUACCACCUCACAGUUGGAAAUGGCAAAGUCGUGGCCCUCAAAUUCAACAGCUUCCAGCUUGAAAUGUCUCCUUCCUGCUACAAAGAUUAUGUGGCUGUAUAUGAUGGCUCAGACACCCAUGCUCCUCUCCUCGGGAGAUUCUGUGGGUCAGAACUGCCCCCGAAUAUUAAGAGCUCCAGUAAUAACUUGUUCCUGGUGUUUAAGACUGACUUCUCUGGAGCAGCCAGGGGAUGGAAAGCAUCUUUCAGGGAGACCUUGGGACCUCAGCAUGGCUGUGGUGGUUACUUGACAAAUUCAGCUGACAGCUUUGGCUCUCCAGUCUCCAACAUAAAUGGAAGAUAUGAGAGAAAUCUGGAGUGUGUAUGGAUCAUAACUGCACCUGAAAACAAACUGAUCAACCUCACCUUCUCUUCGUUUGCCCUUGAAGCACAGUCUGCUCAAACUUGCCGAUAUGAUUAUGUCAAACUAUAUGACGGAGGUAGCGAAAAUGCCAAUGUAGUCGGCACGUACUGUGGAUCUAUGGUGCCAGCUCCUUUUCUAUCUACCAGUAAUUUCUUGACUGUGAAAUUUAUCACAGAUAAUUCUGUGGAAAGGGAAGGUUUCAAUGCUACUUACACCACAGUGGAUCGACUAUGCGGAGGAACUUAUAAUGCUACUGCUACCUCCCUGACUGCAAUGUCACCUAACUUCCCGAACGAAUAUCCACCAUUUACCCACUGUAUGUGGAUCAUUGAUGCUCCUCCGCAGCAGCAAGUCAGGUUGGUGGUAGAGGCCUUCCACCUGCACUCCAACCAAGACUGCUCUCAGAAUUACCUAGAGCUCCAAGACUCACCAAUGCAGAGCCAAGGAUCAGCCCACAGGUUCUGUGGCACUGAAACUUUUUCUGUCCCUGAAUUUUAUUCUUAUGACCGCACGGCCAUUGUGACUUUCAAAUCAGAUGAAUAUAUGAUUAACAAUGGAGUUAGAUUUACCUAUCAAGCUACAGGCUGCAGCAGAGAAUAUAACCAAUCAUUUGGUUACCUGAAGAGCCCUGGCUGGCCUGGUCAACACCCCAAUAAUAUAGAUUGUUCUAUUGUUCUACGAGCUCCACUGAAUCACUCAAUUUCUCUCUUUUUCCAUGCUUUCAGUCUGCAGGACAGCAUUCAAUGUUCACAUGACUUCUUAGAGGUCAGAAAUGGGAGUGAUGUGCAAUCACCACUACUUGGCAGGUUCUGUGGAAACACUGUGCCCAGUCCCAUCUUCCCUAAAAAUCAUAUUGUCUACCUUCGUUUCAAGAGUGAUAUUUCAGUGGCUUAUGAUGGCUAUGAAAUUACCUGGACUUCAUCAUCAAGAGGAUGCGGAGGAACACUGUAUGGCAGAACUGGCUCAUUUGCAAGUCCUGGCUACCCUGCAACGUACCAGAACAACACUGAUUGUGCGUGGACCAUUAUUGCACCUAACGGACGAAUUGUCACAGUGAACUUUGAUUUCAUCAGCAUCGAUGACCCAGGGGACUGCAGUAGCAACUAUCUGAUCCUUUACAAUGGGCCAGAUGCCAGCUAUCCAUUCACUGGGCCAUACUGUGGGAUGGAUACAAACAUUGCACCUUUUACUGCUACAUCUCAUCAAGUCUUUAUAAAAUUCCACGCUGAACACGUGACUUUACCAUCAGGAUUCCAGUUAAGUUGGACAAGCUAGAACACUGUUUAUGAGAAAUACCUUACUGUUCCUUGCUACACUGAAGAGACUUCAGAUCAUUAAAUAACACUUUGAAAUCUGAUUAUGAUCAUACAACUAAAGAAAGACUUUUUAAAAACUACUAUGAAUACAGUUUUUAUGAAUUUAGAUUUCUGGCCAACAAAUGUGAUUUGCUGUUGUACUGAAAAUAAACUGUUAUCUACUGUGAAACCAUAUUUCACAGUACAG